AUGAGUAUGCUAAAACCAAGUGGGCUUAAGGCCCCUACCAAGAUCCUUAAACCUGGAAGCACAGCUUUGAAGACACCUGCUGCUGUUGUAGCUCCAGUGACAACAUCCAGUGAAAAAGCAUCAAGUGCGCCAUCCUCUGAGGCACAAGAGGAAUUUGUGGAUGACUUUCGAGUCGGGGAGAGAGUUUGGGUGAAUGGGAAUAAACCUGGAUUCAUCCAGUUUCUGGGAGAAACCCAGUUCGCACCGGGCCAGUGGGCCGGGAUUGUUUUAGAUGAACCCAUAGGCAAAAAUGACGGUUCAGUGGCAGGAGUUCGGUACUUCCAGUGUGAGCCUCUAAAGGGCAUAUUCACCCGCCCUUCGAAGUUGACAAGGAAGGUGCAGGCAGAAGAUGAAGCUAACGGCCUGCAGACGACUCCUGCUUCCAGAGCGACUUCGCCUCUGUCCACCUCAACGGCCGGCAUGAUGACCUCGUCCCCAGCAGUCCCUUCAAAUAUCCCCCAUAAAUCGUCCCAGCCAACAGCAAAGGAACCUUCAGCUACGUCUCAGAUCAGCAACCUUACAAAAACUGCCAGUGAAUCUAUCUCCAACCUCUCAGAGGCCGGUUCAAUCAAGAAAGGAGAAAGAGAGCUCAAAAUUGGAGACAGAGUAUUGGUUGGUGGCACCAAGGCUGGCGUAGUCCGGUUUCUUGGGGAGACAGACUUUGCCAAGGGGGAAUGGUGUGGUGUGGAGUUGGAUGAGCCUCUUGGGAAGAACGAUGGGGCUGUUGCUGGAACCAGGUAUUUUCAGUGCCAACCCAAAUAUGGCCUGUUUGCUCCUGUCCACAAAGUAACCAAGAUUGGUUUCCCUUCCACGACACCGGCCAAAGCCAAGGCUGCCGCCGUGAGGCGAGUGAUGGCGACCACGCCCGCCAGCCUGAAGCGCAGCCCUUCUGCCUCGUCUCUCAGCUCCAUGAGCUCAGUGGCCUCCUCCGUGAGCAGCAAACCCAGCCGUACUGGAUUAUUGACUGAAACCUCCUCCCGUUACGCCAGGAAGAUCUCCGGCACCACUGCCCUCCAGGAGGCCCUGAAGGAGAAGCAGCAGCACAUUGAGCAGCUGCUGGCUGAACGGGAUCUAGAGAGGGCGGAGGUGGCCAAGGCCACGAGCCACGUGGGGGAAAUAGAGCAGGAGCUAGCUCUGGCCCGGGACGGACACGACCAGCAUGUCCUGGAAUUGGAGGCCAAGAUGGACCAGCUGCGAACGAUGGUGGAGGCUGCUGACAGGGAGAAGGUGGAGCUUCUCAACCAACUUGAAGAGGAGAAAAGGAAGGUUGAGGACCUUCAGUUCCGAGUUGAGGAAGAAUCCAUCACAAAAGGCGAUCUUGAGCAAAAGAGCCAGAUUUCUGAAGAUCCUGAGAAUACGCAGACCAAACUGGAGCAUGCCCGCAUUAAGGAGCUUGAACAGAGCCUGCUCUUUGAAAAGACCAAAGCUGACAAACUGCAGAGGGAGUUAGAAGACACUAGGGUGGCUACAGUGUCAGAAAAGUCCCGUAUAAUGGAGCUAGAAAAAGAGCUAGCACUGAAAGUGCAGGAGGUGGCUGAGCUGCGGAGGAGACUGGAGUCCCAGAAGCCCACUGGGGACGUUGACAUGUCGCUCUCCCUUUUGCAAGAGAUAAGCUCUUUGCAAGAAAAAUCAGAAGCUGCCCAUGCUGACCACCAGAGAGAAAUCACUUCCCUGAAGGAGCAUUUUGGAGCCCGUGAAGAGACACAUCAGAAGGAGAUGAAGGCUCUUCAGGCUGCCACAGAGAAGCUUUCCAAGGAGAACGAGUCCCUGAAAAGUAAGCUCGAUCAUGCCAACAAGGAGAAUUCCGACGUGAUAGUCCUGUGGAAGUCCAAGCUGGAGACGGCCAUCGCGUCGCACCAGCAGGCGAUGGAGGAGCUAAAGGUGUCCUUCAGCAAAGGGGUCGGAACGGAGACAGCAGAGUUUGCGGAGUUAAAAACACAGGUGGAGAAGAUGCGACUAGAUUACCAGCACGAAAUAGAAAAUCUGCAGAAUAAACAAGACUCUGAAAGGUCUGCUCACGCCAAAGAGAUAGAAGCCCUAAGGGCUAAGCUGAUGGCGGUCAUUAAAGAGAAGGAGAGCAGCCUAGAAGCCAUCAAGGCGAAACUGGAUGAAGCAGAAGACCAGCAUCUAGUAGAAAUGGAGGACACCUUCAACAAAUUGCAGGAAGCUGAAAUAAAGGUAAAGGAGCUAGAGGUCCUACAAGCCAAAUGCAGUGAACAAACCAAGGUUAUUGGUAAUUUUACAUCACAGCUCAAGGCUGCCGAAGAAAAGCUCUCGGAUCUUGAUGCGCUUCGGAAAGCCAGUUCCGAAGGUAAAUCGGAAAUCGAGAAACUUAGACAGCAGCUUGAGGCAGCUGAGAAACAGAUUACAAAUUUAGAGAUUGAAAAGAAUACUGAAAGUGGCAAGGCUAGUAACAUUUCCAGGGAGCUUCAGGGGAAAGAGCUAACACUAAAUAACCUUCAGAAAAACUUGAGUGAAGUCAGUCAAGUGAAAGAGGCUUUGGAGAAAGAACUUCAGAUUUUGAAAGAAAAGUUUGCUGAUGCUUCAGAGGAGGCGGUCUCUGUUCAGAGAAGCAUGCAAGAAACAGUAAAUCAGUUACGUCAAAAAGAGGAACAGUUUAACGCGCUGUCUACCGAAUUGGAGAAGUUGAGAGAAAAUUUAACAGAUAUGGAGACAAAAUUCAGAGAGAGAGAUGACAGAGAAGAGCAGUUGAUAAAGGCAAAGGAAAAGUUGGAAAACGACAUUGCAGAAAUUAUGAAAAUGUCUGGAGAUAAUUCUUCUCAGCUGACAAAAAUGAACGAUGAGCUACGUCUGAAAGAAAGAACCGUAGAAGAAUUACAGCUAAAGCUCACAAAGGCUAAUGAAAAUGCAAGCUUUCUGCAGAAGAAUAUUGGUGAAGUAACUCUCAAAGCGCAACAGUGCCAGCAGGAAGCAGCUAAAAAGCAUGAGGAAGAAAAGCAAGAACUGCUGAGGAAAUUGUCGGACCUGGAGAAGAAGGUGGAAACGAGCCACAACCAGUGCCAGGAUCUGAAAGCUAGGUACGAAGCAGCCAGUUCAGAGACGAAGGCGAAGCACGAAGAAACCCUGAAGAGCCUACAGGAGAUGCUGCUGGACACAGAGGAGAGGCUGAAGGCCGCACAGGAGGAGAACAGUGGCUUGUUGCAGGAGAUGGUGGAACUGAAAAAGCAAGCCGACAAGGCCAAAGCUGCUCAAACAGCAGAAGAUGCCAUGCAGAUAAUGGAACAGAUGACCAAAGAGAAGAGUGAAACUCUGGCCUCCUUGGAGGAUACCAAGCAAACAAACGAAAAACUACAGAAUGAAUUGGAUACACUUAAAGAAAACAACCUGAAAAAUGUGGAAGAGCUGAACAAAUCGAAAGAGCUUCUGACAGUAGAGAAUCAAAAAAUGGAAGAAUUCAGGAAAGAAAUAGAAACCCUCAAGCAGGCAGCAGCUCAGAAGUCCCAGCAGCUUUCAGCAUUGCAAGAAGAGAACGUGAAACUUGCUGAGGAGCUGGGGAGAAGCAGGGACGAAGUCACGGGUCAUCAGAAGCUAGAAGAAGAGAGAUCUGUGCUCAAUAAUCAGUUGUUAGAAAUGAAAAAGAGAGAAUCCAAGUUAAUAAAAGAAACCGAUGAAGAAAAAGCUUCCUUGCAGAAAUCCAUCAGCAUUACUAGUGCCUUACUCACCGAAAAGGAUGCAGAGCUGGAAAAACUGAGAAAUGAGGUCACGGUGCUCAGGGGAGAGAGCGCCUCCGCCAAGUCCUUGCACUCAGUCGUCCAGUCUCUGGAGUCCGACAAGGCGAAGCUUGAACUCCAGGUAAAGAACCUGGAGCUUCAACUCAAAGAAAACAGGAGGCAGCUCGGCAGCUCCUCAGGUAAUACUGAUACUCAGGCAGAAGAGGAUGAAAGAGCCCAGGAGAGUCAGAUUGAUUUCCUAAAUUCAGUAAUAGUGGACCUUCAGAGGAAGAAUCAAGACCUCAAGAUGAAGGUGGAGAUGAUGUCAGAGGCAGCCCUGAAUGGGAACGGCGAUGACCUAAACAAUUAUGACAGCGAUGACCAGGAGAAACAGUCCAAGAAGAAACCUCGCCUCUUCUGUGACAUAUGUGACUGCUUUGACCUCCACGACACAGAGGAUUGUCCCACACAGGCGCAGGUGUCAGAGGACCCCCCCCAUUCCACACACCACGGCAGUCGGAGCGAGGAACGCCCGUACUGUGAAAUCUGCGAGGUGUUUGGGCACUGGGCCACCAACUGCAACGACGACGAGACUUUCUGA